AUGCCGGUCGACAAGAUCCGAGUAUCAGGUGACUCCCGCAUUGAGUACAAGACCACUACACUCAACGGCCAUAACUACUCUUACCUUCUCAGCCAACCUAAAUCAGGGCAAUACAAAGCCACUGUCUUCCUGAUCCAUGGCUUCCCCGAUCUCUCUAUGGGAUGGCGGUAUCAGAUUCCCAUGCUGGUAGACAUGGAAUUGCGGGUGGUAGCUCCCGACUGCCUCGGAUAUGGGCGAACAGACGCCCCGGACGAAAUCGCCCCGUACUCGCACAAAAGUUGUGCAGCGGACAUUAAAGCCCUAGCAACCCAUCUAGGAGAAACACAAAUCAUCCUAGCACUCGCCUACCGCAUUGCCCUCUGGCAUCCAGAGCUAGUAAGCUACCUGUUUACAGUCUGCGUGCCUUAUGCACGACCUAUGGCCGAGAACAUCUCCAUUGAAGAACUCGUCCGUAAGGCGACACCGCACUUCGCAUACCAGCUGCAGUUCAAGAGCGGGGAAGUGGAGAAAGUUAUCCAGUCUAAGGAAGAGAUUCGCCAGUUAUUGCUUGCGCUCUAUGGGGGGCGCACGGAGGCGGGCGAGUUUGGAUUUGAUGCCCAUAAAGGUGUUUUGUUUGAUAAGAUUGGCAAGUUGAAGCCUUCAAGGUUGUUGAGCGAGGAGGAGUUGGAGUUUUAUACGAAUGAAUAUGCUCGGAGUGGAAUUCAUGGACCGCUCAAUUGGUACCGCAUUCGCGACAUGAACUAUGAAGAUGAACUUGCUAUUCUCGACAGGGUGAUCCAAAUUCCUACGCUGUUUAUCCAGGCACUGAGAGAUCAAGCUUUGCCGUCUCAUUUGGGUAAAUCUAUGGCGAAGCAGGUCCCGCGACUGACCCUGAAGCAGGUUAAUACUGCGCAUUGGGCUCUGUGGGAGAAGCCUGAGGAAGUCAAUGAGAUUAUUGGAACUUGGUUGAAGGACCAGUUCGUUGCCGAUGGAAGGAUUGGUAAGCUCUGA